ACACAGAGACAUAAAAACCAAGACUACAUUUUACCAAAAUGAACUUGAGUAACCAAAAUCCUUCUGGGAAAAUGUCUUGUGGACAGAUGAGACCAAGAUUGAGCUUUUUGGUAAAUUCAAUCAUUCUACUGUUUACCGAAAACAGAAUGAGGCCUACAAAGAGAAGAACACAGUACCUACAGUGACAUAUGGGGGAGGCUCCGGUAAUAUUCGAGGACGUUGCCGUCUAUUUCACGAGGGGAGAAUGGGAAAUACUGAACGAGGAGCAGAAGAUCCUGUACAAGGAGGUGAUGAACAACAACUACCAGCUGAUCCUGUCCCUCAAUUGUCCGGACAUCAUACAGAACAUAGAGCUGGGGUGUGAGCCGUACAUCCGGAGCCACCGCGACCACACAGGUUUUUGGCGAGAGAAGAGCAUGGCGGUCGGAUCCUCACUCCAGCAGAUCUCCAGAGACAUGACGGUCAGUAGAUGUGAGGCACAGGUGAAGAGGACGAGGCGCUAUCCCCGGGUGAACCCCUUCAGAUGGAUUAAAAAGGACAGAAAAAAGAAAAGCCGCCAUAGUCGUUCUUCUCACCAAAUAUCAAGGAAAUCAGAGGAGAAGAUAAUGUUGUCCUCAGAGAGGGGCGGCUCUGACCUCUCCACCUGCAUCUCCAAAGACCCUACAAGUAACACGGAUGAUGAGCCGCUCCAGGGUGGACUCUGUAAGAACAUACAGGGGCGCGAGAGCGUCAGAACAGAGGAGGAGUCCGGUCACGGGACGACAUCAGAUCAGCACCUUCCAGGAGAAGCUGUGGACUCCGGUGAGAACCAAGAGAUCAUGGAGGGCAGCGGCCUGAAAAAAGACUCCCGAGUAACCGAGGACAGAAAAAUAGAUGGACAGCCAGAAGGUACUUCUGUGCGCACCAUCAUGGAAUGUCACCACCAAGAAGACUUCACACUAGAUGGACAUUCUAAAGCCCUUCUUGUGUCUGAGGCCUCAGAUCCAGGACCCCCAAAAACUGAAAAUGUGGAGGGUGUAGGGUCUCCACCCAAAAAGAUUACAGCCUCUCACCACAAGAAAGACAGACACGUGAAGUUCAGUGAGGUGGUCACCAUGAUUCUCAUAGGGGAACGUUAUGAGGAGCGCGACAAGGAAAGACUCCUUCCUGUUUGUAAUAAUCUCAAUGAUGGAGACACCAAGAGAAAAAUGAAGACUCCCUCAGGCCAAGACCUAGUAGACAUACCAUCGCGGGGUAAGAACACUCCCCCCAAGAAUGUAGGAGGAAUAAAGCAAAAACGAAAGAGAGCGGCUUGUGAGGCCGAGGAGGCCGGAAGCUCCCGUCUAGACACAACAAAGGGGAGCAAGAAGAAGAUUGUGGAAAGAGCAGGGACAUCCCAGCAUGCCCCAUCACUGGAAUCACCAACCAAACAGAUGUUAAAGCAACAACAUGAGCUGCGUGUCAUGUGCAACCCAAUCAUGAAGAGUGAAGAUGGGAAAGUGUGCUCGGGACCACCACCUAACACCCCCCCAAAGAACCACCAGCAGAAGUUUAUUAAGUCCUAUUCCUGUGCCAACUGUGGUAAAAUCACCCACUGGUCAAAGCUUAACGUCCAACAGAAGAAGAACAUAGAGAGGUGCAUGUCUCACACAUGUAGAAUGUGCGGCCGGCGUGCGGCUCCAGCCCAGAAAGUCCCACCCCUGCCCUUCACAACAGAUGCCCAAUAUGAUGACUCCUCCCAGCCAGACAAUCAGAGGAUUCCAGCCUAUUCCUCUAAUCGGACAGGGAGUCCACAAAUCUUAUCAGCUGAGAAGCAACAAAGACAACACAAAGUUGAGAUGAAGGACGAGUUGGUAACCGUGAAGUCAGGAAGUCUCAUUACGGUCAGUGAUCUAAGGAACAAGGGCCCAAAGUCUCAAGAUGACAACAAAUCCAGUGUAUAUAAGAAAUGUGGAAGUCCUGGAGCCACAGUGGACCCUAAACCGAAGACCCUGCAUCCUAAGCUGAAGGUCGAAGGAUCCUCAUCCACUGCUCCAGGUCUGGAGUCCAGAAAGAGCAAAGUCCUUACGAAGGUUAAGAAUGUGUCCAGAAAAUCUGGGGACAGCAAGGAGCACGAGGGCCGUGCCAAGAAUGGGACAUGUUACAUAGCGGAGCAAAGGAAAGGUCAACCAAUCGCUGACGAGCAGAAGAAACCAAGUGUUACCCAAAAGGUGCAGGAUGAUCUGAGUUCUGCAGAGAAGAAGCCGUCAGCCUACGACUCGGAGAACCUCUCAUCAGACAAACAGUGUGCCAAGUGCGGGAAAAGUCUGAAGAAGCACGUGAACCCUGAAAACCCUGGAAAGGGGGAUGAAAAUUGCGUCUUACGUCUGAAGAAGCGUAAGGGGCCGCCACGAGUGGAGGAGCCCUUCGAGUGUAAACAGUGUGGGAAAACCUUCACCCGUCACUUUACUCUGCUGCAGCACCGCAUGAUACAUACUGGGGAGCGCCCCUACUCCUGUAAAGAGUGCGGGAAAACCUUCCGAGACAAUGGCUACCUAAAGGUCCACAUGAGGUCACACACUAAGGAGAAGCCCUACACCUGCUCAGAAUGUGGAAAGCGCUUUGGCCAGAACUCAGCAAUGGUCGCGCACUUGAGGAUUCACACAGACGAGAGGCCAUUCAAGUGCAAUGAAUGCGGGAAGAGAUUCAGCGAUCGCUCCACCUUCCGCCACCAUCAGAUGAUUCACACCGGGGAGAAACCGUUCACGUGUUCGUUCUGUGGAAAGAAGUUCACCCAGCAGGCGCACGUGAAGCGCCACGAGAAGAUGCACACCGGCGAAAGGCCCUUCGGGUGCACCAAGUGUGAGAAGAGGUUUGUGGACCGCACAAAGCUGAGGAAACAUGAGCUCACUCACACUCGAGUGAAGGACUAAGGGUCCCUCAGAUCUUCUGCUCCAGGACUGGAGGACUUUCCAUGAUGGGCCCUGUCCUGUGUUCUCACACAGAUCAUGCUUCAGAGCAUUUCAUGGAUAUCUUUAUUUUUCUACUUAUUUAUAGAACUGUGAUCUGUAGAAUCUACUGGAUCAUGUGAUCACAGGCAUCGCCCUAUAACGGACCCUCUUCUGUCCAGUGUUAUCCCAAUCAGCAGAUCCCAGACACUUAUCCACAAUGGUUUGAGUCUCCACAGGGUUUGAUGAAGGGUCCGUAAUGGGUGAGGACCCUCGUAUAUCUGUACACCGCUCCCCUCCUGUGUCUGCAUUUAUAAUGUACAUACAGCUGUAGUCCCCCCCCCCCCAAUGUGAAUUUAGUUUAUUUUCAAAUACUUCAUUAACUUUUUACAAAAAAAAUCAAACAAGAAAAAAAAACCUGAAUCGCUGAACACUAUGAAUAGAACAAGUGGCUCCUCCAACUCGAUGAGUCGUUCCCUUAAUGAGGAGCCUCUCUAGGCUGCUUUCACACCUUCAGGUUUUUAAAUACAAAGCCAGAAAUGAAUGUGAAAGAAGAGGUCUCGGUCAUCCCCUCUGUGGGGCAAAAAGAUCUCACCUAUUUGGAGGGGUAGAGGUGAGGUAGGUCUCAUUCUUUAGGUUAGGUUUAGUACCCUUCAUAAGAAGAAAGGAGAUGCAGCUAUUAGGUUAACUUUUCAGGAGGUUUCACUCCAACUAGGUGUCUUAGAACAUGACUGGGAAUGUAUACCAAUCCAGAGAUCUCUUCAGAAGAAAAGGAAACCAAUCUGCAGACAGUUGUUUUGGGGUUUUGACCUUUGUCAAUACAGAGCAGGGGGCUGGUUAGUGAGAGUUUUAUCAUUGUGGGACUAAAGGAGUAGCAUUUCUCCUUAAGUAAAGUGUCAUAAAGAGGUGGGGAGACUUGUAGGCCAUUGAUGCUCCUCUGGGAAGGAGAUGCAGAGCAGCUCUCACGUUACAUUUUCAGGCAGUGUUCCCUUCAAGUCAAUGUUUCCAACUAGGAGUCUUAGAACAUGACUUGAAGAGUAUGCCAGAGUCUGUCAGAGAUCUCUCCAGAAGGAAAGAAAACCCAUUUGCAGGAGUGAAACACUGAGGGGAACAGGUGCUGUGAGCUGCUAUGUAUAUCACUUUUCCCAGAAUUCCAAUUGAAGCAUCAGUGGCUGAUAAGUCUCCACACGUCUGUAUGACCCUCACCUUAAGGAGAAACAUGACCCCUAUAGUGUAUCAAUACCAUCAUGAGAUGGACAGGUGAACAUCAGGGCUUUACUGUCCAAGCGUAUUCUAUACCAGAUAGGAAAAAGGUUUUGCAAUGGAUUUUUAAUCUUCUGGGACCUGGAUCAAGCCCGAGAAGAAAAGAGUCACCUGGGUCUGGAACGAGAAUAAGAGUCACAUGGGUGCGGACUAAGAAGAAAAGAGAGUCACCUGGCAGAUGUAGAGCUGCUAGAAUGCCAAAUGCAGAAAAGCCUUGAUUGUGCGAGCGCCAGGGUCUUCUGCUCGUAGACAUUUCAUGGCACUGGAGUGUCAGGUCGGAAGAUCAGGAGUAUUCUGCCACUUUCCAGCUGCAUCCUUACAUAAUGACAUCGGUGUUCCUGUCAUCAACUUUUUAGGGAGCACUGCCCUGUGUACAUGAAGCGCAUGACUAUUUCUGCCCAUUAUAUGACUUGUAUAUAGUAUCUUUUAGUAAAUGUCUGCUCUGCAGGAUUUAUCCCUAGUUUGACGUUCUCCCAGAGCUGGUGAGCUCCCCCCCCCCUCCCUAUCUAUAGACUUAUAUUGGCUUGUCUUGCCGACACAGGACAAAGCUGAGCUGAUUUUCAUUGGAGUGAAGUCUCACAGAAGAGGUGUGAACUGACACCAGGAAUAGAAAACCAGCAAUUUUUUCCCCAAAACAGCUCCACCCCUGUCCUCAGGUUGUGUAUGGUAAUACAACUCAAGUCCAUUCACUUCAAUGAAACUGAGCUGUAAUACCACACACAGCCUGAGGACAGGGGUAUAGCUGUGUUUUGGAAGAAAUCAUUUCUCUUUUCCUAUUCCUGGAGACCUUCUUUAAGCUGAUGAGAGUUCUUCCCUCGGGGAGACCUAAAGAAGGUUCUCUGACCUGGUCCUGGACCUCUCGAGGGUUUAAAGGAUCAGACAAGAAAUGGUCGCCAUUCCUCCUGAGAUGAACCCAAUGAGAGUUUUGGAGAUGUUCUUCAGCCUUUCUCUGAUAUUUUUAAAACAAAACUUUUUAGGGGCUUUUUAGAAAUAUGCUGAUUUUCCCUGAUGGCCUCAUUCAUUAUUCAUAGACCUUCAGAAUGGGGAGAUCUUUAUACCACCCACAAGGAAAUAAUCGUCAGCCCGUAUGACCACACAGGGACAUUGGGCUGAAUCCAGAGGAGCCGCUCGUUCUGGUUGUGUUCGGUGAAUUCUGUUGUUCUGGUCUUGUCUUUAUUACAGAGUGUAUGGGGGGGGGGGGGGGAUUCCAGCUGUAUAUAUAUAUAUAUAUAUAUAUAUAUAUAUAUAUAUAGACUGAAUUAUAUAGGACCCCCCAGGAUGGGGGGUUAUUAUACUGUAUGCACGCCAUCAUCUCAUCUCUAGUGACUGUCAUGGGGGCGGCGGGGGUGAAGCGUAAUGACUAUUGGAUGCCUCCAGGUAUGAUGGGAGUUGUAGUUCCAGCUGUGGGUGGGGACUUGCCUGUCACUUACCCCAUGUGACCUAUCUCUAACCGCAUGUGACCUGAACCCAUGAUAUAUAGGAAUGAGCCCCAGCUCCAUGUAUGGCCGCUCUGAUGUCUUCAUCAAUAAAGGAUCCACCUUGUUUUGCUGCUUUAUUGUUGUGUCACCAACUUUAUCACCAGCAGUGUCCCCUCAGCUGAAGGAGACAAGGGGGAGAUGGUCCUCACCAGCGGGG